AUAGAAAUCUCCUCAGAUGAAGAGUUCAGAGAAGGAUCUGACAGUGACAUUAUUGAAGACGAUGAACAAGAGAACAAUCGACUAACAAAUUCAGAUUGGUGUACCUGUGGUAGCUGCCAAAUUAUGGAUACAAUAGCUGAAUGCAUUUGUUGCCAAGAAAUCCAAAAAGUAGUUGCAACAUGCCAGUCUGUUGUUGAAGAUGGAGAUGCUGAUGAACCACCACCAUGCAUUACUCAACAUCCUGGAUUCUUACCUGUUUGUGGCAAUAAGUAUGUUCUUCGAACYGCAUGGGCUCAGUACAAACAGCAAUACAGAGAUGCUUAUGAAGGCCCAGAGCACAAGCAGUACAGACACAUUGCCUAUAGACAACUAGCAAGAUGGUGCUGGGGAGUUCUUGGAAAGGAAGUUCGGGUUGUUCUGUCCUCUUGUGCUGUCAUGUGCAUCAGAGCACACUUCCCUCCCCCUGGACUAGAGGAGGACUUUCAGUUUGAGGGUUUUCAUUAUGCAGAUGAUUAGCUUGAUAUAAUGUUGCAUGGAGUGAAUAUAUACAUUUUAUUUAUUCCUUACUUCAGUUACUAUACAGAGUGGAUUUUUUUCUAUCAGGAAAAAUUCCUGGAAUUGCAAUUUUUUGGCAUAUUUAAUUGCAAGAUAAUUCAAAACAAAAACAUAGACUACAAAAAGCUGAGACCAAAAUGUAUAAGAAUCAUGUAUUCAUUUAGGAUGCAGUACACGGAAAGGUGUGUUAUAUAAAUUUCUUUUUUAUAUAAAAAGCCUUUUGUUGGUACAAACAUUUUUUGAAUGUUUUACAUAUUUUAUUAUUAAAAACACACUAAACAAAAUAUCCAGCUGAAUAGUGAACCUAGUGUACAAAGCACUAGUUAACACGAUCACUAGCCAACCAAGUAAAAUUUGCAGUUAUACGAGUCCUGGCAG